AUGUUAAGGAGGACUGAAGCUAAUGAUUUGAUGGAGUUUGAUGACAAAGAACCUAGUCAUUUGCCAACAGCAAACGCAUUAAGAAUCAUAAAAUGUAAAGCUGUAAAAGAUCAACGAGAAGAGGAUGACCCUAUAUUGGCAAUUUGUAAAAUGAAAUAUUUGCAUCCAUACAUCAACAUAAUUAAAGACAUUGGAUAUGACAGAUUUUAUGUUCACUAUUGGACUGCUCCUGAAAUUAAUGUUAAUAGAAAAUAUGUACAACAUAAUAACAUUUCAACAAUUUGCAUAGACGCAACUGGCAGAUUAGUCAAAAAACCAACUUUAAAAUCCGAGAAGAAAACAAGAAAUAUUCUGCUCUAUGAAAUCGCUAUACACGACAAAACCAUUAAGGCUCAAUAUUCAAUAAGCCACAUGUUAUCUGAGAAGCAUAAUAAUAAUUCAAUUUACAAUUGGUUAAUAGAAUGGAUUAGAUACGGAGCUCCAUAUCCAAAACAAGUCAUUACAGACAUGUCAUUAGCCCUUUCAGACCCCAUGUCCCUCACAGAGGACAUUCUUUUAUAUUAA